AGGUCAUAUGUUGUAAUAAACAAAAUUUUAGUAUGUCCUUGGCAGCGAUACGGCGUUCUAUUAAUAAAAAAUGUUUUUCGAUUGUGCUAAUAAGUCUUCUGGCCAUUGGACUGUGGUUUCUUGGCAUCUGGGAAGGUAGAUUGUCCAUGUCUACCAUUGAAGAAAUUAGGAAAAAAGAAGAAGAGAAACCUACGCAAAACCCUGUGAAUAAAACUACUCAGACAGAACUAGCAAUUACUGAGAGAAAACCUAGUGAAAAAAUUACACUUUCUCGUGCGGAACAAGAAGAAUUGGAGAUUCGACUUAAGAAAGCAACUGCUCAAAAGAUAAUACUUGUAUGGAUCAGCGGGUUUGGAGCAAAAGUUACAGCAACUGUUGAUCCAAAAGUAUGCGGCAACUGCAUAGUCACACAAGAUCGUAAUUUGCUUAACGACGAGAAGACAGGAGCCAUUGUUUUACAUUUUGAUGCUCUGAGGCCAGAUAAUGUGCCGCCUACUAGGAAUCCAAAUCAUUUAUAUUUGUUCUGGGUUAUGGAAUCAACGAUUGUCGUAGGCCGUUCUUUCGAAAAAGUUAUAAAAUUCGGAGAUGAGUUGCAAUUCAAUGGUAGUUAUACCCACAGGAGAGAUGCAGAUAUUUAUUCUCCCUACGGUAAUGUACAAUCGAUGUCUGAAACUAUAUUGAAAGGAAACAAAAUGACUCCGAAAGAAUUACUUGGAAUGAAGACAAAAUUGGGAGUUGCAAUUGUGUCAAAUUGUGCGAGUACAGUGGGUGCAAAAAAGCGAGUAACAAUGCUUAAGGAACUGAUUUCACACGGUGUUUUGGAUGGAUAUGGAGGUUGUUUGGGAGGUAGAAACUUUGCAAGUGGUCAUCGUCGUGAUUAUAGACAUCAUGAGGAAGUCAAAAAGUACAAAUUUUAUUUUUCGUUUGAGAACUCUUAUCAUUGCAAAGGUUACAUUACUGAAAAGUUUUUCGAUAAUGCACUUUCCGGAUUUGCAGUUCCUGUUGUCUGGGGAGCUGCGAAGGAAGAAUAUGCAGCUAUCGCCCCGCCAGGCUCUUUUAUUCACGCGGAAGAUUUCACUUCUAUGAAAGAGCUUGCUGAUUAUAUCAAGCAUCUUGAUCAAAAUGAUGAAGAAUAUUUAGAAUACUUAAAAUGGAUAACGAUGAAACCAAGCGAUCUACCCGAGUAUGGACGUCAAACUGGAUGGUGUCAGAUAUGUCGAGCUUUACAUGGAAUCAAUGUUGACGAUAUUUACAAUCCAAGUUACGAUCCAGAAAACCCAGAACGACCUUUAUUCACUGACGGUGUUGCGAAGCGUAUGGUUAAACCUAGUCUCACUUCAUGGUUUAUCGAAAGUGAAGAUCCUAAAUGCUUUCAAGAUCUGAAUUGAAACGAUCGUUUUAAAAAGAUGUCAGUGCAACUGCGAAUCUGAUGUUUUAAAACAUGCAUUAUCUUUUGCUUCAAUUGCUUGAAUAUGCAACGAAACUAUAUAUACAAGGCUGUAUAUUUCAAUUAUUCUGAUAAAAUAUCAGCCAUCGAAAUUUUGCACGAACAAGCCGGAGAUCCGUUGUAUACCCUAGGGCCUAGACUAGAGAAUCAUGUCGAUACAACCAAGAGUAAUCAAAAUAUCAAAAACGAAUAAAACUUGACUUGAGUUGGAGAACUUAUAUUUAUGACCUGAUGACAAGUCGUAGUCGCAUAAAAGGACAAACGCUACUGAAUUGUGUAAUUUGGGCUUCGAUUGCAUAACUUCUGAACUAUCAUCUAAAUUGAAAUUUUCGAACUGUGAGUCUACUUACUUGAUGCACUAAAAUUUGAACUAAAAUGUUUAGUUUUAUUACAUCACUACACAUAUACUUACGUAAUUAUACUUUAUUUUCGUACCAUGUAUUAAAGAAUUCAAUAUAUAUGCGGUGUAUGGUCACAACAAAGAAAGUCUUAUAAUCAUUCUAAUUAAAAUUCAAUUUUAUAAAAAAAAAUUCUAAUUUGUAUACAAGUAUACAGACAGACGUUUAGGACCAGACGUUUCGAUCAACGCAGGCUGGAGUGCGAAGUACGUUUAUCCAUAUUACGCUAUGAUGGGCGUCAAAUUAGAUAGGAAUAGAUACGGGUUGAGAAAUUGCGAUAGUACUUCUAUUGAAUCUCGAGGCCUGAUAUCUUCAUAAACACCCUCACGUAUGACUUUCGGUACAAUUCUUCGAAUAUUCCCAUGAAUUUUGCUGACAUCGCGUUGCCAUAUAUAUUAGUCAUCUGACUUUAGUAUCCAUGCAUUCGAGGGUUGAUUUCUUGGUUAAGUUUUUCACGCAAUAGUUAGUGAUGCAUCGCUAAAUUAGCGCUUGGAGUUUUGUAACAAUUGUGACCUCGAUGACAAAACAUCUUGUCUGACAUUGCGUUGACAUAUUAG